AUGGAAGAAUGCCAUUCUCCCUCGCAACUGGCGGGCAGGACAACGACGUCUCAGUCUGGAGCAGACCCAACGAGCGACACAUGCUAUCAGUCUCUUGAACAUCUAGGCACCGCAGCCUCUUCAGCUUCCUCGCCGCCUCCUAUCUACGGCGAAUCAAUGGACAUGUCCUGUUCCUCAACACCAUUUGGGGAUAUUUCCACCCCACCCGAUUAUAAUGAAGGAAUUCACCCGGUCAAGCCGUCGGCAGAGCACGCUUGGUUGCCCAAAUUUCAGAAAGACGGUUUCUUUGUAGCACCGGACAAUGGCCUGGAACACCGGCCAGAUCUCAAGGCGGGCAACUCGUACUACGCCUCGUCUAUUGACAAUGAUAAUCCGGCUGAUACGUCAACACGGGGUUUUCCAGAAUUAGGAAAGUUCCACGAGCGCGCUGAAGUUGACACUGCUAUUAACGCCCAGCCAUGGAGGAAUGUCGACUACCUUUCUCAUGACUGGGAGGAGGAAGAAAUCCCGUCAUCAUGGAAAUAUAUUACCAGCCGCCGAGGAGAGCACCCUAAUAGCGCCCGUUUGAAGAAUACAUGCUGGAGAACAUGGACGAAAUACAAAAACUACCUGAAGACUGUGUCUCCCAAAACGCUCAAGCUGGCUGAAAGAUAG